AGGUGGAAGAGCACUAUCUUUAGAGCAAAGCUUAUAUAGUUACAGAUGUUGCUUGUUUCAGUUCUUUGUGAUUAAUAUGAUUAGUAUUAUUUUUCUUGUUGAUAUCUGCUUUUUGUAAUUUCGGGUAAUAUAGAAUACUAUUGUUUUUGUAAAAUCAAGGCUUUUCUGUCUGAUAUUCUUGACAGUUUUCGAGCUCCAAUAGGUUCUUUUCCAAGAAUUUUACUGUGCUUUUUCCCCUCAACAGAUUUUCUAUAAUCUGAGAAAUGUGAAUUCUUGCCUACGUGUAUUAAAGCCAGCUUUUGAGUUUCUCAGUUAUGAUUUGAUCACUGUCAUUAUUUCGCUAUUAUGGGAACUGAAGAAAUCUAGUUCUUAUCACUUUCAUGAUUUAAAUUUGAGAUUGUCAUUAGUUUAAUGCCAAGUGAUGGUUCUAUGGCAAAAAAGAGCUGGUUCAGCCUAGUGAAGAAGUUCUUCGUUUCAGAUACUUAUACAAACCAGUACAAGAAGCAAAGGAGAAGGAGAUGGUUUCUUGGAAAAUUUAAGAUCAAGCGAUUACCCUCCAUAUCAGCAGCGUCGCCAUCAAGAGAGACAAAGGUCAGUGAAGCAGAGGUAGCGCAGAGCAAGCAAGAUUGUAAUGUGGCCAGUUUCACAGAUGCUACACCUGAUGAAACUGCAGCAGAUGUUUUUGAUCAGCCCUCUAGUACCCCUCAAUAUACCUAUCACAGUGAAGAUGAAGCCCGGGAAUUCUCAAGUAUAAAUUUUCAAUACAAUGCUCCUCCAUCAACACCUCAGUGGGGAAGGGAGAUCCAAGAACUUGCAGCCACCAAAAUCCAAACAGCCUUUAGGGGUUGUCUUGCAAGAAAAGCUUUAUGUGCAUUGAAGGGAAUAGUUAGGCUUCAAGCUAUUAUCAGAGGUGAACUUGUUAGGCGCCAGGCUAUCACCACGCUGAAUCAGUUGCAAUCAGUAGUAAAUAUACAGUCACAGGUAUGUGCAAAAAGAAGCCAAAUGGCAGAUAGCACUUCUUAUUCCCAGGGAAACAAAGAACCAGUAGAAUUUAAAGGCAAAGACAUCAAGAUUGAUCAGAACAGUCAGAGACGGUGGGAUGACAGUUUAUUGACAAAAGAAGAAGAAAAUGCUCUUUCCUCAAGCAAGAGAAUGGCUGCUAUCAAGAGAGAAAGAAUCAAAGAGUACACUUUCAGCAAUAGAAGGUCAGCAGAACUAGAGCAGAACAAAAUAGAUGGAAGAUGGAGAUACUGGUUAGAACAAUGGGUGGAUACCAGGUUAGCUAAAACGGAGGAUCUACAAAACCUUGUAUCAGUUUUCUCAAUGAGGGAUAGAAAUAAAGACAAUGAAGCUGGUGUAAAACAAGUGAGGUCAAGAAAUGUACAUAAGCAAUCUCACAAUGAAGAAUCUGAAUUGCCAACAAGAAAUUCAAUACAUCAUCGGAAGCAACGCUCAACAGGAGAUGGAUAUUCUACAGGAGGAGGAUCUCCUGUUGUUCCCACUUACAUGGCUGCUACAGAAUCCGCCAAGGCAAAAUCUAGAUCAUUGAGUUCACCAAGAUUAAGGCCUAUGAGCUUUGAUUCGAACUCUGAAACAUUUUCUCCUUACAAGCACAAGUUAUCACCUAUAUCUUCUAUUAAUAGUGAGGUGACAGCAAUAAGCAUGUUUACAAAUCCUACCAGUGGCUUUAUGCAGAGAUCUCCUGGCUUUAAAGGUCCUGUAAAAUCCCACAGAAGUUCCAAAUAUCUCAGCGUUGAUUAAGAAUGCUGUACAUCAAUGUUUCAUCGUUGCUGGUUCAGAUUUAUGAAUUUGAUGAUAAUUUUGGUGUGUACUUAUACAUUUCUGGAUCAUUUUCAAGUAUCAUACUUUCAAAUAAAUUCAAGAAAAUUCGAGUUGUUAACUUGAUCUGAAUAAACUAUGAAGUUUACCAGUACAA